ACAAAAAAAAAAAGAAAAACGGAGAAAAAGAAAAGUAAAAGAGCGACAGUGACAGCAACAAACUGGUACGGGGUACUACGACGGGAACAACUAAAUCAAAUUAAAACGAAACGAAAAGUGUGUGUUGUUGGUGUUACUAAGAAAGAACGAAAACGAAACAAAGAAGAAGAAGCAGCAGCAGCAGCAAGUGUCCCUUAGCCCAUUUCCAUUACCAUCAGCCGCCCUAAAAGAAGAAGAGUCCAACAACAGCAGCAGCAACAGCAGAGACGUCAGUCAAGAUGACGCAACCGUUACCCAUACGCUUUCAAGAGCAUUUACAGCUCACAAAUGUCGGCAUCAAUGCAAACUCGUUCUCCUUCAGCACGCUUACAAUGGAAUCGGAUAAGUUCAUUUGUGUGCGUGAAAAGGUCAAUGAUACCGCCCAAGUGGUCAUUAUUGAUAUGAACGAUUCGGCGAAUCCAACACGACGUCCCAUAUCAGCGGAUUCAGCGAUUAUGAAUCCGGCCAGCAAGGUGAUUGCGCUCAAAGCGCAAAAGACAUUGCAAAUUUUCAAUAUCGAAAUGAAAUCGAAAAUGAAGGCACAUACAAUGAACGAGGAUGUUGUAUUCUGGAAAUGGAUAUCAUUGAAUACUUUGGCCCUGGUAACGGAGACAAGUGUAUUCCAUUGGUCCAUGGAGGGCGAUUCGAUGCCACAGAAAAUGUUUGAUAGACAUUCCUCGCUCAAUGGUUGCCAGAUAAUCAAUUAUCGUUGCAAUGCCUCACAGCAAUGGUUACUCUUGGUUGGUAUCUCUGCCCUGCCCAGUCGUGUGGCCGGUGCCAUGCAAUUAUAUUCCGUGGAGCGUAAAGUAUCUCAGGCAAUUGAGGGACAUGCGGCCAGUUUUGCCACCUUCAAGAUUGAGGGUAACAAGGAGCCAACAACAUUGUUUUGUUUUGCUGUGCGCACGGCGACGGGCGGAAAAUUGCAUAUCAUUGAGGUUGGGACACCGCCCAAUGGCAAUCAACCGUUCCCCAAAAAGGCUGUCGAUGUAUUCUUUCCGCCCGAGGCCCAAAACGAUUUCCCGGUGGCCAUGCAGGUCUCCGCCAAGUAUGAUACCAUCUAUUUGAUCACCAAAUAUGGUUAUAUUCAUCUCUAUGACAUGGAGACGGCCACGUGCAUUUACAUGAAUCGCAUAUCGGCGGAUACGAUUUUUGUGACAGCACCGCACGAGGCCAGCGGCGGUAUUAUUGGUGUUAAUCGCAAGGGCCAGGUAUUAUCCGUGACUGUUGAUGAGGAGCAAAUCAUACCGUACAUUAAUACGGUAUUGCAGAAUCCGGAUUUGGCAUUACGAAUGGCAGUGCGCAACAAUUUGGCCGGUGCCGAAGAUUUGUUUGUACGCAAAUUUAAUAAACUCUUCACCGCCGGUCAAUAUGCCGAAGCCGCCAAAGUGGCCGCCCUAGCGCCCAAGGGUAUAUUGCGUACACCGCAGACAAUACAACGUUUCCAGCAGGUGCAAACUCCGGCUGGUUCGACAACCCCGCCGCUCUUGCAAUACUUUGGUAUACUACUCGAUCAGGGUAAAUUGAAUAAGUUUGAGUCGUUGGAACUCUGCCGUCCGGUUCUGUUGCAGGGCAAGAAGCAGCUAUGCGAGAAAUGGCUUAAAGAGGAGAAACUCGAAUGUAGCGAAGAAUUGGGUGAUUUGGUCAAGACAUCGGAUCUAACACUCGCUCUGUCCAUCUAUCUGAGAGCCAAUGUACCCAAUAAGGUAAUACAAUGCUUUGCCGAAACGGGACAAUUCCAAAAGAUUGUGCUCUAUGCCAAAAAGGUUAACUACACACCGGACUAUAUAUUCCUGUUGCGUUCGGUAAUGCGUAGCAAUCCGGAACAGGGUGCUGGAUUUGCAUCCAUGUUGGUUGCCGAAGAGGAACCAUUGGCCGAUAUCAAUCAGAUUGUCGAUAUCUUUAUGGAGCAUUCGAUGGUGCAGCAGUGUACAGCAUUUCUAUUGGAUGCCCUCAAGCAUAAUCGUCCAGCGGAGGGUGCUCUACAGACACGUUUGCUCGAAAUGAAUCUAAUGUCGGCGCCACAAGUGGCCGAUGCCAUUUUGGGUAAUGCCAUGUUCACCCACUAUGAUCGUGCGCAUAUUGCCCAAUUGUGCGAGAAAGCUGGCCUCUUGCAACGUGCCCUGGAACACUAUACCGAUCUGUAUGACAUAAAGCGAGCUGUUGUCCACACCCAUAUGCUGAAUGCCGAAUGGCUGGUGAGUUUCUUUGGCACCCUUUCGGUGGAGGAUUCAUUGGAAUGCCUUAAGGCCAUGUUAACGGCAAAUUUGCGUCAAAAUUUACAAAUCUGUGUGCAAAUAGCCACCAAAUAUCAUGAACAAUUGACCACCAAGGCGCUGAUUGAUCUCUUUGAAAGCUUCAAGAGCUACGAUGGCCUAUUCUAUUUCUUGAGCAGCAUUGUCAAUUUCUCGCAAGAUCCGGAAGUGCAUUUCAAGUAUAUACAGGCGGCAUGUAAAACCAAUCAGAUCAAGGAAGUGGAACGCAUUUGCCGCGAAUCGAACUGCUAUAAUCCGGAGAGAGUUAAGAAUUUCUUGAAGGAGGCCAAACUAACCGAUCAAUUGCCAUUGAUCAUUGUCUGCGAUCGUUUCGAUUUUGUACACGAUCUUGUCCUCUAUCUGUAUCGUAACAAUCUACAGAAAUAUAUUGAGAUCUAUGUGCAGAAGGUGAAUCCAUCGCGUCUGCCCGUUGUCGUUGGUGGCCUCCUGGAUGUCGAUUGCAGCGAGGAUAUCAUUAAGAAUCUAAUUUUGGUGGUCAAGGGACAAUUCUCGACCGAUGAACUGGUCGAAGAGGUUGAGAAACGUAAUCGUUUGAAAUUAUUGCUACCUUGGCUAGAGUCCCGUGUCCAUGAGGGUUGCGUUGAGCCGGCCACCCACAAUGCCUUGGCCAAAAUUUACAUUGAUUCGAACAAUAAUCCGGAACGUUUCCUCAAAGAGAAUCAAUACUAUGACAGCCGUGUUGUCGGACGUUACUGUGAGAAGCGUGAUCCGCAUUUGGCUUGCGUGGCCUAUGAGCGGGGACAAUGCGAUCGCGAAUUGAUUGCCGUUUGUAAUGAGAAUUCUCUAUUCAAGAGCGAGGCACGCUAUUUGGUUGGACGUCGUGAUGCUGAACUCUGGGCGGAGGUACUAUCCGAGGCUAAUCCCUAUAAGCGACAACUUAUCGAUCAGGUUGUGCAGACAGCUCUCUCCGAGACUCAAGAUCCUGAGGAUAUAUCGGUGACUGUUAAGGCAUUCAUGACAGCCGAUUUGCCCAACGAGUUGAUUGAAUUGCUUGAGAAAAUCAUUUUGGAUUCAUCGGUAUUUAGCGAUCAUCGCAAUUUACAAAAUCUAUUGAUACUCACCGCCAUCAAGGCGGAUCGUACACGAGUUAUGGACUAUAUCAAUCGUUUGGAUAACUACGAUGCUCCCGAUAUAGCAAACAUUGCGAUUAGCAAUCAAUUGUACGAGGAGGCAUUCGCCAUAUUCAAGAAAUUCGAUGUGAAUACCUCGGCAAUUCAGGUACUGAUCGAUCAAGUGAACAAUUUGGAGCGAGCCAAUGAAUUUGCUGAACGUUGCAAUGAGCCGGCAGUUUGGUCACAAUUGGCCAAAGCCCAAUUGCAACAGGGCCUGGUGAAGGAGGCCAUCGAUUCGUAUAUUAAGGCCGAUGAUCCAAGCGCCUAUAUGGAUGUGGUCGAUGUGGCCAGUCGUGUCGAAUCGUGGGAUGAUCUGGUGCGUUAUCUGCAAAUGGCCCGCAAAAAGGCACGCGAAUCGUAUAUUGAAAGUGAAUUGAUCUAUGCCUAUGCACGCACCGGACGUUUGGCCGAUCUUGAGGAGUUCAUCUCGGGACCAAAUCACGCGGAUAUACAAAAGAUCGGUGACCGUUGCUUUAGCGAUGGCAUGUACGAUGCCGCCAAAUUGUUGUACAAUAAUGUUAGCAAUUUCGCCCGCUUGGCCAUCACAUUGGUGUAUCUGAAAGAGUUCCAGGGUGCCGUGGAUUCGGCCCGCAAAGCCAAUUCGACACGCACCUGGAAGGAGGUUUGCUUUGCUUGCGUCGAUGCCGAGGAGUUCCGUUUGGCUCAGAUGUGCGGUCUGCAUAUUGUUGUGCAUGCCGAUGAGCUGGAAGAUUUGAUCAACUACUAUCAGAAUCGUGGCUAUUUUGAGGAAUUAAUUGCACUGCUUGAAUCCGCUCUGGGCUUGGAACGUGCCCAUAUGGGAAUGUUUACCGAAUUGGCCAUUUUGUAUUCCAAAUUCAAGCCAUCGAAAAUGCGUGAACACUUGGAAUUGUUUUGGUCACGUGUGAAUAUACCAAAAGUUUUGCGUGCCGCCGAAUCGGCACAUUUGUGGUCCGAAUUGGUAUUCCUUUAUGAUAAAUAUGAGGAAUAUGAUAAUGCUGUGCUUGCGAUGAUGGCCCAUCCCACAGAGGCAUGGCGAGAGGGACAUUUCAAGGAUAUUAUCACCAAGGUGGCCAAUAUUGAGCUCUAUUAUAAGGCAAUUGAAUUCUAUUUGGAUUUCAAGCCAUUGCUAUUGAACGAUAUGCUCUUGGUAUUGGCACCGCGCAUGGAUCAUACCCGAGCUGUUAGUUAUUUCUCGAAAACGGGCUACUUGCCAUUGGUUAAACCCUAUUUGAGAUCAGUGCAAUCGUUGAACAAUAAGGCGAUCAAUGAGGCACUCAAUGGCCUGCUUAUCGAUGAGGAGGAUUACCAAGGUUUACGCAAUUCGAUUGAUGGUUUUGAUAAUUUCGAUACGAUUGCUUUGGCCCAGAAGCUGGAGAAGCACGAGCUAACCGAAUUCCGUCGCAUUGCAGCCUAUUUAUACAAGGGCAACAAUCGCUGGAAACAGAGUGUGGAGCUGUGCAAAAAGGAUAAACUCUAUAAGGAUGCCAUGGAAUAUGCAGCCGAAUCGGGUAAACAAGAGAUUGCUGAAGAAUUGUUGGGUUGGUUCUUGGAACGCAAUGCUCAUGAUUGUUUUGCGGCAUGUCUAUAUCAGUGCUACGACUUGCUGCGUCCAGAUGUCAUCUUGGAAUUGGCCUGGAAGCAUAAAAUCAUGGACUUUGCCAUGCCCUAUUUAAUUCAGGUUCUACGGGAAUACACAAGCAAGGUGGAUAAAUUGGAAUUGAAUGAGGCGCAACGGGAAAAGGAAGAUGAUACCACGGAGCAUAAAACGAUAAUUAAAAUGGAGCCACAAUUAAUGAUUACCGCUGGCCCGGCUAUGGGUAUUCCGCAACAAUAUGCCCAAAAUUAUCCGCCCGGUGCUGCAGCGGCGGCGGCAGCAGCUGCUGCUGCAACAGCGGCGGGACGUAAUAUGGGUUAUCCCUAUUUGUAGGCAUCUUGUAAAAACAACAACAACAUAAACAAAAUAAAACCAACAACAAAAAACACCCAGCUACACCCACCACCCAACAACAACAACAACAACAACAAAAAUUAUCACAUACAUUAAAGAAUUCAAAUAUUGAAUAAUAAUAACAACAACAACAACAACAAAGUAAACGUAAUUUGCAUGUGCGCCAAAUAAAACAACAGCAACAACAACAAUAACAACAGAAGAUAAAACGACCAAUAAUACAUUAAAACGACACUCAAAACAACAACAACAACAACACCAAACCAACCAACUACCAACAACAACAACAACAACACGUAAUACAAUAUCUUAUACUACUAUAUUGUCUAUUGUUGAGAGUAACGAAAAAUAAUAUCGCAUUAUUACGAGACAAACAA